AUGAAGACUACGUGGAAAGACAUCCAGCCGGUGCCGACUUCGCAGGAGUUUUUGGACAUUGUGUUGAGUCGUACGCAGAGGAGACUCCCCACGCAGAUUCGUGCAGGAUUUCAGAUUAGCAGAAUCAGAAACUUUUACACCAGGAAGGUCAAGUUCACGCAGGAGACUUUCAGCGAGAAGAUCUCUUUGAUCCUCGAUGGCUUCCCGCGUCUUCAGGAUAUCCAUCCCUUCCACAAGGAUCUUCUGAAUACUCUUUACGAUGCCGACCAUUUCCGUAUUGCCCUGGGUCAAUUAGCGACAGCGAAGCAUCUGAUCGAAACCGUCUCCCGCGAUUACGUCCGCCUCCUCAAAUACGCCCAGUCGCUUUUCCAAUGCAAGCAGCUCAAGCGUGCUGCUCUUGGUCGCAUGGCCACCAUCUGCAAGCGCCUUAAGGACCCUCUUCUAUACCUCGACCAGGUUCGCCAGCAUUUAGGCCGUCUCCCCUCGAUUGACCCCAACACCAGAACGCUACUCAUCUGUGGCUACCCCAAUGUCGGAAAGUCGAGUUUCCUGAGGAGCGUGACCCGUGCGGACGUUGAUGUUCAGCCUUACGCUUUCACCACCAAGAGCUUGUUCGUUGGUCACUUCGAUUACAAGUAUCUCAGAUUCCAAGCUAUUGAUACCCCCGGAAUCCUCGAUCACCCGCUGGAGGAGAUGAACACCAUCGAGAUGCAGUCGAUCACAGCCAUCGCCCAUUUGCGAUCUGCUAUUCUAUACUUCAUGGAUCUCUCCGAGCAGUGUGGUUACACUGUUGCCGCACAGAUUGCGCUUUUCCAGAGUAUUAAGCCUCUUUUCGCCAACAAGCUCGUCUUCAUCGUCAUCAACAAGAUCGAUGUUAUGCGCCCAGAAGAUCUCGAUGCUGAGUCCCAGGCACAGCUCCAGUCCCUACUGAAGCCAGGAGAUAUUGAGAUGCUGCAAUUAUCCUGCACUACCGAGGAAGGUGUCCAAGAAGUGAAGAAUGCUGCAUGCGAGCGCUUGAUUGCGGACCGUGUGGCCCAGAAGCUUAAGGCUGGCACAAACAGCAAUGGCGCAGUCGGUGGUCGUCUUGGUGAUGUCCUUGCACGUAUCCACGUUGCUCGCCCAAUGAACGGUGUUGUUAGAGAGGCAUUUAUUCCGGAUGCCGUCAAGGAGAUGAAGAAAUACGACAAAAAUGAUCCUGAGCGCCGGAAGCUUGCUCGUGACAUCGAGGAGGAGAACGGAGGAGCUGGUGUCUUCAACAUCAACCUCAAGGAUAAGUACAUGCUUGAGAACGACGAGUGGAAGUACGAUAAGGUUCCUGAGGUUCUGGACGGCAAGAACGUCUACGACUUCAUCGAUCCAGAAAUUGAGGCUAAGCUUGCUGCGCUGGAGGAGGAGGAAGAGAAGCUUGAGGCCGAGGGUUACUACGAUUCUGAGGAUGAUCUUGAGGAUGCCGAGGAUGCCGAUAUCCGCAUGAAGGCUGAGCUAAUCAGGGAGAAGAGAAUCCUCAUCAGAAAUGCCGCGAAGAUGAAGAAGUCCCUGAAGAACAGGGCUAUCAUCCCACGCACAUUGACAAAGGCGAAGCUUACGGAUAUGGAGGAUCACUUGGACUCGCUUGGUCUGGAUACUACUUCGCUCACUGCGCGCGCAAGAUCGCAGUCCAGAGGACGUAGUGUUGUUCGCAGCCGUGCUGGAACUGAGGAUGUUAUGGAUGUUGACUCGCCAGAGUACGAGGCCAAGAUGCGCGCGAAGAGCCGUGCUAGAAGCCAGAGCAACCGUCGUGAGGACGGUGUUCCCGAGGGAGUUAUCAGGACGAAGGCAGAGAGAAUUGCCAAGCUGGGCCAGAGGCAUAGAAACAGAAUGGCCCGUGCUGGUGAGGCUGACAGACAUGUUGCGGCUGCCAUGCCUAAGCAUUUGUUUUCUGGAAAGCGCGGUAUGGGCAAGACGCAAAGUCGCUAA